GGAUGUGCUGGUGGUGGUGGUGGUGGUGGUGGUGGUGGAGGUGGUAGUGGUCGCGGUGGUGAUGCCGAUGCUGGUGGUGGUAGAGUUUGUGUGACCGACCGAGCGCACGACGGCCGGUAAUAACGAGCGUCAAACGAGAGAGAGAGAAAAAGAGAGAGAGAGAGAGAGAGAGAAAGAGAGAAAAAGAGAGAGAGAGAUAGAGAAAAGCAAGCUUGGCCUGAGAUCGAAAAGGAGAAGGAGAAGAAGAAGGAGUAGGAGGUCGGUGGAAAUCCUUCGCGAACGAGUUUACGCGUGUCACCACCGCGAUGCACGAGUUCACGCGUGGCACUACGCGGUGGUCGCGCGCUCGCGUUCGACGAGCGCGUCGACUGCGACUCUUCUCCGCCUCCACCGCCACCUCCACCUCCACCUUCGAGCGCCUCCUACUCUCGCCGAUUCUCCUCUCUCUUUCUCGUGUUCUCUCUACCCCUAGUGAGAUAUUGAUUUCCCUUAGCUGACUCCCACGAGGGCAGGCGGCAGGCGACCAGGUACUGCUACCUCCGCGACUAGAUCGAAGAUCUUACGAGAUGAGAAAGAAAUCGUAUGCAUACAUCGUGCGUACGAUUAGUUUAUCGAGAUCAAUCGAUGACUUUCUCUUUUUUCCUUUUUAUCCUUCUCUGUGUGUGUCAUAGUCGACGUUUUCAACGACGUUUUCAUGUAACCACGUGUCGCUCGCGUGUACUACUACACUACUACUACUAUUACUACCACUAUUUGACAUUUCAUACUCGUCUUUCUACCACGCGAUCGAAAGAUCAUAUCUCGAAGAUGGAUUUUAUAAUUUUGCCUAUCGAAUAUAAAUUCGGCUGGUGUUAUCAUUUCAAUUUUCAGGUUAAUCGAAAAACCACCGGCUCGCUUAUAUCGCGAUUGACGUAUCAGUUUUGUUGAAAAGUUUAAAUCAAAUGGAGGGAGAGCGUGCGAACUUUCUUUUUAUUUGGUAUCGACACGGUUUGCUUCGAAUCGAUCGAUCGACAAAUUAAUUCCGAUGGGUGAAUAUAUUCAUGUUUCGCGUCUUUUGUACCUACCCUUUUACGCAUUUUAUAUCCCGCGCCGAGAAUAAAUUGGACUCGCGAAUGUAACAUUUUAUUGUAUGUAUAUACGUAGAUACAUCGAAGAAUUAUUCGAUUUCCUUCGGAAGAGCAACAGCAUAUUCCUUCGAACUUUUGCCUUUCUCGAAUACGCGUAUAUACGUGUGUUCGCUCACAUAAAUAUCCAAGAACGGUCCGAAACCGUACGCAUCUUGAGAAAGUUUUGCGAAGUGCGCCACCAUGUUGGUUCCUGCGCGUUGCUCGUCGCCAAAGUCCUCGGCGACUUGAAACUUUUUUAUUUACCGCGUUCGUACUCGUUGGUACACACAGAGAAGCGGACAAAAGAGAAAGUGGGGGUAACCCCUUCUAUCCCCUCCUAUUUCUCUCUCUUUCUCUUUGGCUCUCGCUCUCUUCGGAAAGUCGAGAUAGCGUAUAGGUAUCUGUCAUCCCUACCACCACCGGUUUGCUACACGGACUCGUGCCGCCUGCCGCUUUCGAGCAAAGUUUUCGCGAGAUCCUGGAAACUGCGGGAGAUGCCACGGUUGUAGAGGGAGUACGCUCGAAGGAGGGUAGAAGGAAGGAACGUUUGCUGGUAGUCUGUGUACUCAUUCUCACGACGUUCCCUUUUCAGCGGAUUCUAACCUACUAACGACGGAGUUUGCUCCGUCGGUAACACCGGUACGCGUGCCGCCGACGUAAACGUGUCGCGUGCCCACCGGUGACACGCACAGUGGGAUGAGUGAGCUGGCGCGCCGCGCGAGAAAUGAUAGUCGUGAUAUGACUCGCGAUCGUAUCGAUCGUACUACGAGCGAUAAGAAACGCGAGCGAAUGUGAUAAACGAUUUUUAACGCGAACCUCGUCGGCUUUUUUUACGAGCUCGUUAACAACAUCGUUGAGGUAUGAAUGAACAAAGAUGGCGUCGAAGAAGACUAGAAAGAACCAUUCGAUACAACAUCUUCUCGAAUUGCCAUCCAGUAGAGAGACAAAACCAUCGCAAUUUUCAACGAAAGAACCAACUCGGUCAUUGCCGAUUUCUACUCCCCGCCAGGUGCCAAUCACCGUCUUGCAUCCCACACCGAAAAAGUUGUACUUGAGCAAAACACGACAGAGUGGACUUUUGGAAGAUCCACAACAAUCUAUCUCGCGAGCAGCUUGUUUAAAUCCACGCCAACAAGAGUCGUCCCUUGCAAGGCGGGACUAUCCCCGCCAAAUCAUGAACAAGGUGGACGAUCGUGUAAGAUCGCCAAAUACGUUACGAUGUGUGACAGCUACCACGUCGCUCUCUAUUUCGCCAUUAAGUCCUGAAGAACCUGUCACGCUGGUGGAACUGACCAGCGUCCCAGGCGGGCAGAAUGCGAUGGCACAUCUCAAAAAGCGGAAGCUGGAAGCAGAGUCGAUUAGUUCGAAUCUUAAACAACCGCAACAGCAACAGCAGCAGCAACAACAAUUGCAGCAACAGCCAUUACUGACAAACAAAAAGGGUUCUCAAACUAGCGUUCCGAAAGAAAUGGAGGUAACUGACGCGGCUGCUAAAAGAAGAAGAAAAAGUGUUCGUGAUGAUGAAAUACGCAAGUCGGUCGAUGCCGUUGAUCCAAAUAAAAAUAUAUCUUUACCCCAAAAAAAACGAGCUUUCGCUUCCGGAAAUUCGGGAAGUCCAGCUAGAAAAUCUAGUAAGCAUUGUGAGGAACCCGAAGACGAUGAAACUCUUAUAAGAGAAACGGAAGCAGCUUUAAAGAGUUUGUCUGGAAGUUGGCCUGGCCCGAGAGGAUCCUUAUAUCAGAGAGGAAAUUCGGAGGAAGACAGGUACGAGUCUAAUUUCGAAAAUCUUUUCGAAGAGAAGAAAGAAAAUCCAAAAUUAUCGCCUUCGUCAUUGUCUACCUCGUCAACGACCAGCACUGACGCUGGAUGUUCGUUAAAAGACGUGAUAACGUUUCGUGGUCAACAUGAUCGAAAUGGUAGAUCACAACAACCGAUGAAACAAGAACUUAUGAAGCAACAACAUCCUAUAAAAGGCAAGAAAGAAUUUGACAAUUUGAUCAAAAUUGAAAACGAAUGCGCAAAUAUUCAAUGUCAAGUAAACAAUACGUGUCAAAAUGAAUCCGGUAAGAUCCGACCGGUGCCUGUACGAUCUUUAGCCGGUAAAGACAGGAGCGAAAGAAAUCUUGUGGGUACUCACGUCGAUCCCCAAGGUCGUCAAGUAGACAAUAAAUAUUCCAGAUACGAACCACCAGAUUUUAACGAAUUAGUCGACGAUUCGUCGAAUGAACUAGAAAUCGACAUGUCAGAUCCUACCCCUGAUAAAGAUGAUACCACGGGAGAUAGAACAAACGAUCGUGACAGAGAUAGGAUGUGUAAAAAUGCACAAUCCCCUUCCAUUAUUGGAAGACAACAACAAUCGCAUCAUCAUCAACACUACGCGGGAUAUCAAAGGCAAUACCAUGAAAAUAACAUGAAGAUCUCCCCUACAGCAACGUCCUCUAGUUCUCCAGUACCAACGAAUUCUCCAUUCUCGGCAACUUCUGCAUUCAGGCCUCCUAACAAUGAUCAUUCAAAAAAUACCUGUCGAAAUACACCAACGGUACCAGUUGGUGCAACUCCUAUACCACCUAUUGGUCCAUAUCCAGCUUCAGCUACAUUCGUAGGCUAUCCAGCACCAGGCCCUGGUCCAACAAUGCCCACUCCUCAACCUGUCCCUGGUUUAUCACCAACGGAGGACAAACACUCACCGACCGUUUCUUUGUUGCAAUUAAAGUCAUCGAAGGAGGAAUCGCAUCAUGUGUCGGUACACGAUCCUACAUCAAACACGGUACCGAGCAGUAAAAGUCCAACAGGCCUUCCCUCAGUGACAAGUCCAGAUUCGUCGAAACAAUAUACAAUUCUUCAACCCGCGGGAGUAGGUUCUAGAGCUGCCAGUGCUAUUCAAGAUAUUACUAGAGAAGGAGUAGUCAGUGUCGCUGCAGUUAGCAAUUGUAACACCGGAAGCAGCAGUACGAAUAACAGUAGUAAUAAUAAUAGCAACGGAACUAAUUGUAAUCGUAAUGUUACCAACAAGAAUACGAGUAAUAACAAUGUGAAUAAUAAUAGUAACAAUAGUGGAACUAAUGGAAAUUCGAACAGUAAUGUAACCAGUAUUUCGAUCACUGCUGUUUCUACCAGUACCACCUCUAGUUCCACAACUACUGUUGAUGGUUCAUCUGGAAGUGGAACGGGACAACAAGAAAAUAUGAUGAAAAUGCCAGAAAGACCUAAUACAUUCGACGCUAGCAGACCAGGAAUGUCCAUGUCUCCGUCCAGUCUCAGUAGAGAAGGCAACAAGUGUCCAACCCCAGGUUGCACGGGGCAGGGUCACGUGACCGGACUCUAUUCCCAUCACCGCAGUCUUUCUGGUUGUCCACGAAAGGAUAAACUAACGCCUGAAAUUCUAGCGAUGCAUGAGACUAUUUUGAAAUGCCCGACGCCUGGUUGCAACGGCCGUGGUCAUGUCAGCUCUAAUAGGAACACGCAUAGAAGCCUCUCCGGGUGUCCCAUAGCUGCGGCAAAUAAGCAGGCCGCACGCGAAGCACGACACAAGGCACAAGUGUCAGGAAUACCUCCAGAAUAUAUCAGCACAAAUCUACUGCCACCAUCAAUGGACAGCAAAUCCUAUUCGCAGUACUCGUCAGCGGGUCAAGAUACAAAGCCAGUGAUAAGUUCCUUGACUUACGACUAUUAUGCUUCGACGAAAAGCACAGGGAUAAAUGUGAAGCCUCCGAAAACAUCAGAGGAAAGUCCACCUUCUCGCCCAAGCAAGAUAGUUCCUAAGACCGAGAACAUGACUGCCAGUGGUAGUUGCUGCAAUCCUUUACCAAGUAGAGGUCAAAAUACAUCAGACCUGUUGGUACCUAAAACGGAAGAUACUGUAUCAUGCCGUGUGAAUUCGCCACCACCUCCUCCACCACCAACAGUUCGACCUACAUAUGACUCUUAUAUGAAUCAAGACUCAAAUUCCUCUUCAUUGUCAUCAAUGGAUGCAAUGGGCUCAAGAGGUACUAUAGGAGGAAGUAUACAUCAUCCUAAUCAACAUCCAACACAUCAUGUUUUGCCGAUGCAACCGACCGUCGCUUAUCCCAUGCCAAUGGUCGAAGAUACAAGAAUGAGCCAUCAAAUGUCACAAAGAUCACCAUACGAGUCUUCAGCAAUGAUGGCUGCUGCUGCUGCCGCAGCAGCAGCUGCCACUACUAGUGAAGAACUUUAUCAUCACAGAUCUGCCGAACAUGCGAGAGCAUAUAUACAUCCAGGAGCAACCAAUAUCGCACGACCUGUAGUUACUUAUUCGAAUGAGAUCGCCGCUGCGAGAGGUUACGAAAAUGCAAUAGCCAACGCUGCUAAUCAUCGACCGUACGAUCCAGGUACUACGUCAGCAUACGAAAGAUACGAUGCACAAACUUGUGCCCCAAUUCAAGCUCAACAGCAGCAGCAACAACAACAACAGCAACAGCAGCAGCAACAACAACAACAGCAACAACAACAGCAGCUGCAUUCAAGAUCGAAUAUGUAUUAUUUGGGGCAGACCGGCAUGACGCCCGAGGAACAGGAACGCGUUUAUCAUCAGGAAGCUGCAGCCGCCGCACAACAACAUCAAAUGGUUAUGGCUGCAGCUACGGCAGCAGGCAUGAUGAAAACAGAGGAUGUAAAAUGCGUGACAGUAGCACAAGUUCAACAAAUGCAAAAGCCGGGUGGUCCGCCAACAUCUCCAGGUGGUUCAGUGAUGGAUCUAUCCACGUCAAGUGUUACUUCGACCAGUCCACAGGCUCCUCCUUAUGGAUCGAGCAGCCUCAGUCCGCAAUAUGGAGGAGGUCAAACUGUCGGAGGCAGCCCGCAAGCUGCUGCGAGUCCUCACUUGACUGCCAGUCCUCAAGUCCCUAGUCCUCAAGGCCAAACAUUGGACCUUAGCGUGAAUAGACUCCAUAGUGGUGCACCAAGUCCUCAAUACUCCACGGGUCAUGGAGAAGCCGUAGCGGUUCCAGUAGGUCCAGGCUUUCCGGCACCACGACCAAUCGAGGAACAAACCGAACCCGUGGAUUUCUCUACGGCGAACGAACCAGUCAACUUCAGUGGGGGUCCAGGAAUCAGGCCUGUCCCAGGAUUCCCACCACCCGGUGUGCACGUUGCUGCAUAUAGUCGUGAAAGCACUCCCGACAGUGGAGGUUCCCACUAUAUGGACGCUUACCGAGAUCCUACUGGAUAUGGACCUAUGAGCCCACAUCCAGGUUACGGUAUGGCUGGUGUACAGCCAGAAUAUCCUGGAAACACUUAUACUCCCUACCCCACCGCUGGUUAUAAUUGUGGUGGAACUUAUCCUGCAGGUCCAGUAACUUCUGGAUACCAAAUUCCAGCAGGUUAUACCCCAGCACCGUGUUACAGUAUGCCGCCGCCACAACAUACCGUCGGACCUCUCGAUAAACCAUCUGGUAAAGAUGACAGUAUGAAUAUAAGGAGGCACACGUUGAAUUUUGCACCUCGGCCCGCCCCUCGUGGCCGCGACGGCAAGGAGCUGAUACAGUGCCCCACGUCGUCCUGUGAUGGCAUGGGUCAUGUCUCGGGGAACUACGCUACCCACAGAAGCCUCUCUGGUUGUCCGCGAGCCGAUCGUUCUCAAAUUCAAGCGCAUUCUCAAGAGUUAAAAUGCCCCACGCCAGGAUGUGACGGAUCUGGACACGUCACAGGAAACUAUUCGUCUCACAGAAGUUUGUCUGGUUGUCCACGAGCUAAUAAACCGAAAAGCAAACCUAGGGAUGGACAGGAUUCUGAACCAUUGAGAUGUCCUAUCCCAGGUUGCGACGGAUCUGGCCAUGCUACUGGCAAAUUCUUGUCACAUCGCAGUGCAUCUGGAUGUCCAAUUGCAAAUAGAAACAAAAUGCGUGUGUUGGAGUCUGGUGGAACAGUCGAACAACACAAAGCAGCAAUUGCAGCGACGACAGCGAUGAAAUUUGAAGGUGUCAAUUGUCCUACUCCCGGCUGCGAUGGUAUCGGUCACAUAAAUGGCUCUUUCUCCACGCAUAGAUCUCUCUCUGGUUGUCCUAUAGCCGGACAUGCUGUCAAGAAGCCGAAGUUCGAGGAUAUGUCCAGCAUGUACAGCAAAGGAAUCCCCGGGGUGGACGCCGGUGGUCCGGCUCACGGGGGUGCGGUGGGCGCGGGUCAGGGUAACACGAGCGGUGGUGGGUCCACGAGUGCCCAGGGCGAGGACCUCUAUACACUGGAGGCUGAAAUCACAGAACUCCAAAGGGAGAACGCUCGAGUUGAGUCGCAAGUACUGCGCCUGCGUUCCGACAUCACCGCCAUGGAGAAUCAAUUAAAGCAGGGCGAGAAGGAAACAACGGCGAUAGCUACACGAAACAAUAACCUGACGGAGUACUAUCAGUCGUUACGCGAUAACAUGAUAACGUUGCUGGAACACGUACGAAUACCCAACGCCCCAGGUGGACCGCAAGAGAAAAUGGGCCAUGAGAAUUUUGAUAGUUAUUUGACAAAACUGCAAACUCUGUGCACCGCCGACGGCUAUUGUGCCGACGAAACCAAUCGACCGAUCUACGAAACAGUGAAAACUGCUCUACAAGAUUUCACGGUCCUGCCGACACCCAUCUGAGACCAUCCCUAAAGUUCAACGAUCGAGUACAGUGUCACUCGAACGUCUUUGAUAAAGUGAUUAACGAUAAUGCUCAAUCAAUUUUACCCAUCUAUAGGUAAAAUUCGUGUACACUAUAAAGAGGAACUUCGCAUUAUCGACCAACCUGGGAAUUAUCUUAAAAUUAAUUAAAGGAUUAAAAAAUUCUUUCUCUUACACAUAAUGAUUCGAGUCAGGUAAACAAAUUCGUUCAAAAUCGUUCGAGAAUAUUUGAAAAAAUAAUAAACAAUUUCAUUAAACAUCUCGAUCGUAUUCAAUGAAACAUGUCAGGUGUCAAAACAAAUUGAUUAUAAAGACUAAGGAUGUCUAAUUUCGCAUACAGCGAUAUCUUUUGUACAUACGAAAAUUAGUGUCGCGUAAUUCUUAAAAUCAUCGAUGAUAAUUACUUUAGCACUUUGUAAAUACACGAAAGAAAAAACAUUUAUAUUAUUCAAUAUGUUGUGGUUACCUCUUUAAGGCAUGUAAAAAAGGGACUAGCUUAGAUGUAUAUCAGAUCUCAUUAAUAUUACUAUUGUAUAACUGUUAUUACAUAAUUAAUUAGCAUUAAAAUUAUCACAGGAGCCAAUAUAUACAAGAUGCCGCUAACGCUGCUUCAGAUAAGUCAAAGACUACUUAUAAAUGAUUAUUAUUGGCGACUAACUUAUUGCUAAUUAAUAUUAUUAAUAUUAUAGUCAUCGUUAUUACCACCAAAAACAUUUCUAGUGCUACUCCAAUCGUCAUUAUUGCAACUACUACUCUUGCUACUGUCGAUAGUAUAUCACUACGAAUAUACCAAAAAAUACAUUUAUAAUGUCUACGACUUUACGAGAGGAGGAAUUGCAAAAGAGAAAAUUCAUGUCCAUAUGCUGUACAUAAUUACAGAGUAAUACGGUUAUUAUAAGGACGUUCUUCAAGAAUCGCUAAAGCGAGAAAGAUACGAACAACGACAAGUUGAGAAAAAUGCGAGAUCUGUUAUGGUCCAUACGUAGCCAACGUGAUUAGACGGAUGUCAAUCUUAAACAAGGUGUAUUAUCGAAUUUAUAAAAUAUAUGAGCGAUUCAAAAAUACACAAGGUUCUAAAAACGCCGAUUGGCCAUCGAUUGCAUUAGAUUAAAAUGUGAUUUGAUCCAACUAGAUCGUUCAUACGUGCAAUAAUUUUAGGAUGCAUCGCAUUCGAAUUUUCUCCAUAAAAAUCAACUGUGUACCAUCGCGGUGAUAUACAUAUAUAUUGGCAUAGAUUGUUAAUGUUCAGUUAAUUUGUUCACGUUCUUCUUUGUUAUUAUACAUUCAUGUUCGUUUUAUUGCUAAAAACGCAAAGAGCAUCUGUAAAUAUUGAGAAUUCACGAGCAACGGUAGGUGACAAAAUCUUCGAUCCCUCCUUUGACAUCAGCUACAAACAUAAAAAGUUUCAAAGUUCGAAUUCUUAACUAUUUGUCGAUAGUAUAUCGAAGAUACGAAUAGACAUCGGAAGAAUAUAUUUAAACUAAAGGAUAUUUAAAAAGAGGAUAAGAAUAAAUGAAAAUAGAUAUGUGAGCAAAAAUUUGUUGGUUUUUCGUUAUCGUUAAUAUUAUAAUUUUAUCAUCAUAGUCGACCUGCUUUUAGCUCACCGUAAAAAGAAAUGGAAAAGCAUAAAAAUAAAUAAUUAGAAAAAAAUCCUCCUAUGAAAAAUGUUACCUACUGUUACCUCUCGUCUUUGCGUUGUCAGAAUAUAACGAUUUUAUGAUUGUAUCUAUAAUAAUUAUUAUUAUUAUUAACUCUUUGUCAUUGUCAUUAAGAUUAUCAUCUCAUUAUUACUGUCGUUACGUUCUCUUCAUUAUUACGAUUACUAUUGUUGCCGUUGAUGAAGUUCUACUGAUAUAUUAAUUCAAUAACAUGCUUUAAGUAAGUAUAAAUGUUACUCCGAUUGAAUAAAGGGUAUUUAUCGAUGAAUUAUCUGCGUAUGCAUUCACGAUUCUAUUUUGGAAAUAGCGAGCGAUACUUAUUCGUUAUAAACUACAUGAAUAUAGGUUGAUUGUACUUUCUAUUAUUAAAUACCAAAAUGUUCUUGAUGGUAACAAUUAAUAUAAAUCAGGAUGCGAUGCAAAUAAGGGUAAUCGAAAUACCAACAACCAUAUAUAUAAAAGUUUACUCUUUUUAUUUAUAUUUCCGUUAUAAAAAAAGGCUUUAUCUUACAGAGAUGAUGAAGUGAUACUCAACACACGUGAUGUUUUUACAACUGUCACAAAUAAUAAGCGUGCGAAUAAUUUUUACUUAUCUGCUUCCAAUAAUGGGAUCAAAAAAAUCUAAAAUCGCAUAAAAGAUCUUAAAAAACGUUUCAUCAUUCAAACGAAUAGGAACAUUAUUACUAGAUUUAUGAAUCGUCUUCUUAACGCAAAACUAAAAAGUCAAAUUUUAAGUUUCACUACCAUAGACAAAUAUACAAUAUUUGAAAGUAUAUAAAACCGAGUGUGUUGUGAAUGUGAUCAGUAUCAAAAAGUUUAUAAAAUUAUUCGCGCUGCAGUCUAUUAAUUCUUUUCAAUUAAAAUAAUGAAUAUAAGCAGCAUCGUUAAUCAACGUUCUUCAUUCUUAGGAACAAAGCAACAUGGAUCUUCGAACGAAAUGAAAUAAUUUAUAAUUACUGGUCUCACACACAUAUGCAUAAAUUUCGAGUUAAGAGAGACGACCAUGACGUUUCAUUUCCUGCAAUGUACAUUGCACAUUUAUGAUAAUAUAUAUAUAUAUAUAUAUAUAUAUAUAUAUAUAUAUAUAUAUAUAUAUAUAUAUAUUAAUACUUAACUAUAUACAACGAUAUAACUAGAAACAAAUUCCGACAUACUAAUUUCAUAGAAUCAUUCGUAGAUAUUCAGGCGUAAUUCAUAAUUAUCACAAAUUGGCAGUUGUAUUGUGAACAAAUAGUUAGAAUUUCUCCAGUCGUAUAAUCUCCAUUGUUUAUUUAAAUCACUCUUUAAAAGAAAA